UGAUGCGCGCGUCCGCUGUCCUGGAGCAGCCGGGUCUUUGAACUGCAGUAACCCCGCUCCAGUGUCCCAGCCGGGAGGAGGGGGGGGGAAGAGACCUUUACUCUACAAAGCCUCCCCCUACUCCUCCUCCACUACCAGCACCAGCACCAGCACCGCUGCCGCGUCACUACCUCAACAUGGCGGCUCACAGCAAGGCCAUCCCGCACAGCUGCUAUGAGAUCGGGCACACCUGGAACCCGUCCUGCUUCACCUCCUACCUGCAGAUCACCCGCAGCGCAUUGGAAGAGUCCUUCAAAAUCUAUGCGCCCCUAUACCUGAUAGCAGCCAUUUUACGGAGAAGGAAACUUGACUAUUACAUCCAUAGACUGCUGCCCGAGCUCUUACGAUCUACUUCUUUCUUAACCACUAAUGGGAGUCUGUAUAUAGCUUUCUUCUGCAUUUUGAGGAAGAUACUCGGACGGUUCUACUUUUGGACUCCUGGGUUUGGUGCUGCAUUGCCAGCCUCUUAUGUUGCUAUUCUGAUUGAAAGAAAGAGCAGGAGGGGAAUGCUGACCCUUUAUAUGGCCAAUCAGGCUACCGAGACUUUAUUUCGAAUGGGUGUCACAAGAGGUUACAUAAAACCGAUAAGGCACGGAGAGGUCCUUUUGUUUUGUAUGACAACAGCGCUCUUCAUGUUCUACUUCAGGUGCAAAGAUGGCUUACAAGGAUUUGCCUUUACAGCUCUCAAGUUCAUUAUGGGAAAAGAAGAAAUUCCAGCACAUUCCUUGGUGCCAGAAACUGUCUAUGCCAAUAACGAUCAAAACCUCAAGAGACGCGUCGAGUCUUCAAGGAGACUAAAUCUAAUUGCAUUGACAAAAAAGCUGAUGGAUAGAAUAUGCAAAGAUGGGCCAAGACACAGAUGUUGCAAACAUUAUGAAGACAAUUGCAUCUCUUACUGCAUUAAGGGAUUUAUCAGAAUGUUCAGUGUCGGGUAUUUAAUACAAUGUUGCCUUCGAAUCCCAUCUAUUAUUCGAUACAUGUUUACAAAACCUUCGCAAAUGCUGUCUCUGUUCUACAAUAAAGAAAGUUUCCAGCUGGGUGCUUUUCUGGGAUCAUUUGUCAGUAUUUACAAGGGGACUAGCUGUUUUUUGCGCUGGGUGCGGAAUCUGGAUGACGAGUUGCAUGCACUUAUAGCAGGGUUCCUAGCAGGUGUGUCCAUGAUGUUCUACAAAAGCACUGCAAUAUCCAUGUACUUGGCAUCUAAGAUGGUGGAGACCAUGUACUUUAAGGGCAUUGACGCAGGGAAAUUACCCUAUUUUCCACAUGCGGACAGUAUCAUUUAUGCUGUGUCCACCGCAGUUUGUUUCCAUGCAGCUGUUUUGGAAGUUCACAAUUUACGUCCAUCCUACUGGAAAUUCCUCCUGAGACUCACACAGGGCAGGUUCCGUUUAAUGAACAGAAAAGCCCUGGAUGUUUUCGGUUCUCAGGCUUCGAAGAAUUUCAACAACUUUGUCCCGAAGCUUGAUCCGAGAUACACUGUUGUAAAACCAGAGCUACCAAUUGAGUUUUCCUGAAAUCAUGCACUCUCUCCCGUGUCAUAAUGUGAAAAUUCAAAAGCGUCAUGAUCAGAUAAUUAUUCAAGACGCCAAGGUGUGGAAGCUUCCAUGCUUCCAUACAGUAUUACCUAAUUUCUCUUGACCAAUUAAAUUGCAAAUGAAUGUGGUCAGGCUAUUGAGAGCAAAACCACGCAAAAUCUGACAUCAACCAACGUUUCCUUUUACCUAUCUCCAUCAGCACAAUCCUUGCUUAAUUCUUUUCAAGAAGAUUGAAGAAAUUGCAAUGGUAUAGUAUUAAGAAAAUCAUAUUAUUGAUUGUAUUUAGGACUAACACUUUAUGUGCAGUUUACAGAUACAUAUUUAGUAAGCUUUGUUUAUCUGGAGCUGUUGAAAGAUCUGACGAUAUUGUCAUAUUUGUGUUCUGUGUUGACUAAAGACAUCAUAUACAUUCCCUCCUCUAUGUGAUAGCUACGGUAACUAUGUGCGUUUUUUUUCUCAACUUGAGGGAAAUUGUGAAAGUUAGAAAAGUAAUCCUAAACUUGUUAAAAUAUUUUAUUUCAUAGAACAAGUUCUAACUUGAAGAUCAAGUGAAUGUUUAGACCCAGAUUUGCCUUUUUUGUUAUUCUUAGUGUCAUUGCCUCCAAUCCCCAUGAUGAGUGACUUUUAACUAUAGUAAUGCACUGAUGUACUACGUGAAGAAGACCUUUAAGACAUACAUAGUAAGUUGGAGUUAUCUUCAUAUUCUGUGGGGAGAACUUCUUUGUGUCUGUCUUCAGAAAGAAGGAUAAACACAAAUCUAAUUUACAUACAAAGUAUAUCAUCCCCAAUGCCUAAGUCUGAAGAGGGACACCUAGUUUGUUAAAAUAUCAGCGAUAAGUGUUUUUAUCUAUAUGUAAACAUAUGUUGGAGCCAUAUUAGUAUCUUGGCUAAUAGGGUUCUGAUAGUCGUUCAGCAAUGUAACGCCCAAGUUCUAUGUUUGAUCUGCGACUAUUAUUGCACUAGCUAAAUUUUAGACUUCAAAUAAUAUAUUACUUGAAGAAGAACAAGGGUCUUUAAGAAAAACUUUAAAAUACCAAGUAGUUGAGAAGUGAAUGAAAAAACAAAUGGUGAAGGUACCAUGUCUAAACCAGAUCUAAACAAGUAAAUUUUUUCAAAUAAAACUUUAAUUUGAGUUUGUUUUCAAUGGAGACCUUUAAUAUUACCAACUGGAGGUAUCUUACACCAUUUUGUUUUGGGGGAAAAAACAUGUUAACCCUAGAUCUGUAGUUGCCCGUCAUAAAAAAAGAUAUCAAAAGCCCUUGUUCAACUCCCAGAAGGGUGCUAGGACACACAAGUCACCUGGUUAAUUUUGGUACAAGAGGUAGAACAUACUGAUGGGCUGUACCUCAAUCUGUCCUCAAGAACUGACCAGUAUACUAUAAGAAUCACUGUUUAUUUAAAGACACUUGAUUAGCGCAAAUUAAACUGAAUCAAAUGCGGACCACUUGUCGUGUUUUAUUUUGGAAAUUGUAUUGUUCGAUUAAAGUAGGCAGUGAAACGCAUAGACGCAAAGAUGGGCUCCUAUUGAUU